AGGGCCGAGGGCGGAGCGAGGCCGCCUCGGAGGAGCUGGCGGGGCUGGCCAGCCCCCGGCAAGGAAGGAGAGGGGAGGGGUGCCGGUGUGGCGCCGCCUUUCUCGGGGGAAGGAUCUUGACCCGGAGCGCUGCAAAACUGUUUUCCAGGCUGCCAGGCGUCCGCACCACUGUCGUGUAGGAAAGGAAAGCUCAAUGACACCCAGAAAGAAGUUAGAGGGUCUUGUAGCUGCCACGGUCACUCCAAUGACUCCUGAUGGACAAAUUAACCUUACAGUGAUUCAUCAAUAUGUGGAGUAUCUGGUAAGCGAGCAGAACGUGAAGAACGUUUUUGUGAACGGCACAACAGGAGAAGGACUGUCCCUUAGCAUCCAGGAGAGGAAGCAGUUGGCAGAAGAAUGGAUAUGCCAAGGAAAAAACAAAUUGGAUCAUGUGAUCAUUCAUGUUGGAGCACUGAGUCUGCCAGAGUCCCAAGAGCUGGCAAGACAUGCAGCAUCCAUAGGUGCCAGUGGUAUUGCUGUAAUAGCCCCCUUCUUCUUCAAACCCACAAACAAAGAUGAGCUGAUUGCUUUCUUACAGAAGGUUGCAUCUGAAGCCCCUGCGGUUCCAUUUUAUUACUAUCACAUUCCUCAUCUGACAGGUGUGAAGAUUCAUGUUGAAGAGUUGCUGGAUGGAAUAAAAAAGCAGAUCCCCACCUUCCAGGGUGUGAAGUUCAGUGACACAGACCUCUUGGACCUUGCUCAGUGUAUAAACAAGAAUGAGAGUGAACAGUUUGCAUUUCUUUAUGGGGUGGAUGAGCAACUGUUGAGUGCGCUGGCAAUAGGGGCAAAUGGAGCAGUUGGAAGUACAUUCAACUAUUUGGGACGAAAAACCAAUCUGAUGUUGCAAGCCUUUGCAAAGCCAGACCUUGCAUUAGCACAGAAGUAUCAGUUUCUCACUGUGGAAUUUCUCAGCUUUGUCAUCAAACUAGGGCUUGGCUUUAUGUGUGUCUGCAUCAGGGGACAGCCAUGAGGCUGCAGACAUCAGAUUGCCGUGAAGACAAACUGGCUGGGAUAGCUCAGCCUACCAACAAAGGUAAAUUUGAAGUGGCCUGAUUUUUGCUUGUUUACCUCUAGAGGACUCGCACGAUCUCUUCUGUUGUCAGGGCUGCAUGGCAAUGCAUUUUGGCAAGGAGAAAGGAACAUACAUAUAGCCCUGGUUAUCUGUAAAACAACACAGUAGUUUGUAAAGUGCAUGUCUAAGACCGUACUCUGCUUGGUAUCUUUAGGAAGGAAACAGUAAUGGUAUAAUAUAUAAAUAAAUCUAGUAAGUAGGUGUAAUUUUUACUGUAAUGUCUUUCCUGUUAUAAGCACUAUCACCUCUUCUUAGUUACACUGUCCACACUUCUGAGAAGUGCUUAAAACCUGGUUUAUGCUGAAUUACACAGGAACUCUAUGCUGCUACUUUUUUUUGACACCUGCAUAGAAACUGCUUUAAGCAAAAUGAUCUGUAAAUGUCUUGAUUUUGCAUUUG